GAGCUGCCAAAGUGUAUAUAAGGAGAGAGAGGGGAAGUCGCUGAUGUGAAAUCCACAGCAAGCAAAUACCUACCUACACCGAGGAGCGAGCAGAGACGAAAAGGAAUAUAUAUAUUUUUUACUACACCUCUUGACCACUUUUUGGAUCAUUUGUUUUUUUGAAAAACGAUCAAAAAGGUGCAGGAUUGAAAAGAAAAACAAGUCGUCUGCAUAAUUUAUUUCACAUUUUUCUUCCCUUUCCCUUCUAUACCUUUUUUUUUUUUUCCCUGUGGAGAGAGAGACGGACUUCUUUCUAAGUGCAUCAGUAUGUUGAACAAUAUGGAUUUGAAUGCGAAAGAUUCUUUUUACCCUCAGUUUGACAAUUGCAACAGUUCUUCCCUGGGAAUGAUGGAAAACAGCGCGCGGAAAGACAACCAGGAGGUGUAUGUGGAUGCAGAGAGAGGGGUACCUGCCCAGUUUGGCCACGAAGGAACCCCAGCCACCCUCAAAACCGAAGCCUCCAACUCUGAAUUUGCUUUUAAUAACCCCUGCGAGUGUCCAAAAGACAUCAGCUACUCCUCUCUCGCCUACUCUGGCAGCUUCUAUGUGGAGGCAUCUCAGGGAGCGCCUUGCAGCACCGAAACACUCCUCAAUAUGAUCACCGAGAUCGUGGGCAUCUCCACACUGCCACUUUCAGAAGUGCAACACAGCAGAGGAACUUAUCCAUCGCCUGUGCAAAUGGACAGCAGCAAUGGCAAUUUUGGAGACAUCAAGAGGCAACCUUACACCUGCUCUGGCUCUACUCCACCUGCUGUUGUGUACUCUCCAGACCAGACGUGCCAGGCCCAAGACCCGUCCACUUCUUCUUCUUCUUCUUCUUCUCAGCUGAGCUUCAUCUCCUCCUCCUCCUCCAGAGCUACUCCAAACCUGCAGAAGAAGGAUGAACCAAAGUCAGAGGCCGCUUCUUUCCCAGUCGUGGUGAAAAACGAGUUUGAGAGCAGCUGCUACGAGUGGGGGUCUUUCAGUAAGUCUGGAUGUCUGGAGACCACUUUCCACACAGAAACAUUCCCAAUGUCGAGUGAUUUCCCUCCUGACCAGCAGCAAAUGGAUGUUAAGGAACUUUUGGACACAUUCCCACCAAUCUGUCCCACUAACAACAACCAGGAGAUGGAGUUCAAAGUGGAGGGAGGUAUCAAACAGGAGCCGUGUUUCUCUGACACCUGCUCUCAGAGCUACAACUACAACUACCUCCCUCCACCUCCCAUGGGUCUCUCCUCCAACUCCAACCUGAAACCUUUCCCAGAACCAUCCAACCAGUGCGAUCCCUUAUACGCAUCACCAGCUUUACCCAGCACCAUAGACUCCAUCCUCUACUCCUCCUUGUUGCCAGACUCCUUUGCGCAAAGUUACACCACCACCCGUGCAACCACGAAGCCACCAAGAGCACGCAAAACCCCCUCCACCUCCUCUUCUCACGGUCCACCCAAAGAGAAACCCUUCACCUGCCCCAUGGAGAGCUGCGACCGGCGCUUCUCUCGCUCCGACGAGCUCAACCGGCACAUCCGCAUCCACACCGGCCACAAACCUUUCCAGUGUCGCAUCUGUUUGCGCAGCUUCAGCCGGAGCGACCACCUGACCACCCACACCAGGACUCACACCGGAGAGAAGCCGUUCUCCUGCGACACCUGCGGGAAAAGGUUCGCCCGCAGCGACGAGAGGAAACGACACGGACGCGUACACCUGAAACAGAAGGAGAAGAUGGAAAUAAAGCCACAGGUGACCACCGCUGGAGCAUGGACUUUCACUCUUCCUGAGGGGAUUUGAAGACAAAGGCUUGUGUGUGUCCACAACAACACAUUUAUAUAUAUAUUAGGAUCUUUCCGUCUUGGAUAAGAUAAGCCAGCUAGGUUGAUUGUCUGAGUUGGUUUUGACUGGCACAAGAGGUUUUUCCAGUUUUUUUGAGGAGCAGUGAGAGAGAGAGAGAGAGAGAGAGGUCUGCUUCGGCCUUAUUGCCUGCUGCUGCUGCUGACUUUAUGCAAACAUGCAUAGGUUGUAAAAGUCAGCUCAACAGUGACUUGUUGCUGUUACUAGUCAGUAGAGCCAAACCUCUCUGCUGCAGCAUUUGCAUGACUGGCUGUUCAGCACCUCUUCAUCAUGGACAGCUCCAAAACCUCCAUCGCCUCUGAGCCUAUAGAUGGAUUGCACUUACAGAUUAUUAAAUAUCUCCAUUUAAGAUUCUUAUUUUCUGCUUUUUAGCAUUCUUAGAGCAAUGGUUUGGACUAUGUUUCUUAAAAAUGCAUGUUUAUGUCAGUUUUUUUUUUUUUUUUUUUCUCCUUUAAGUGGAAUAUCAACCACUUGUCAAGGUACUCCUUCACCCCCACAGUGAGGGUUAUUGACAUGAAUGUAGGCUAACAUAUUUAUGGCUCUGACCAUAAAGCUGUCCAUCUUUGAUCAAAUUUUAGUGUUUGUUUAACUUCUUAUCAUUUGGCUGUCAGUGUUUUUUGUCAUUGGUCUUUGUGUUGUGUUACAAUUGUUUGGAUUAUUACAAUUGUGAAAGAUAUAUCAUAAAUGGAAAAUAAAUAUAUUUGUAUUACUGUACUUCUUUGUAUUUUUAUAGCUAACUGUAUAUUUUACAUUUAUCACAUUUGAGCGUCAUUUAUCAAGGUGAAAUGUAUUCUAAAUCAUUAAUAAUGUCUUGGUAUUCGAGGGCUAUUGUUUAGUAACACAAUAUUUUAAAUGUUACAAUUUGAUAUCAGAAACAUUUUCGCACUUCAUCCCACUGUUGGUAUGAUACGAGUUAUUUCAUUGAACUGCUGAUCUAGAUUUAAAAAGGGACCAGUAUGUACUCUAGUUGUGGUACAAAAAAUGAUUUUACAGUAUGUACAGAAGUAUGUUUAAUCAAAGCUAGAAAUGACUAGCGAAUCAUAUAAACAUUGCUUUUGAGUAAUCAGGUAGCACACAUUGCUGCGAGUUUCUGUGGACUUUACCUUGGACUUUACCAUGAAAGGGUUUGAACUCCUGGUGUCUUUUGCUGGAGAUACUGUAUGCUGAAAUGUUCACUUUAGCAAAAAAAGAAAAAAAAAAAAAAAAAAAAUGUUGAGAGUUUGGUGAAAUUGUCACCAACAGGGUACUGCAAAAAUUUAACUCGCCUUAAGUUAUAUUAACUGUUCAAGUAAAGAUUUUGUACAUACACAGUUUCUACAAUACUUUAAAUUAAUAUUGAUGUUGUUAUUUUUAUGAAAAGUUUAUGAACAAAAUAAACAUUUUCUGGAAGCAGCAAGUUUCUUGUGCAUGGUUUAGAGUGAUCAAAAUGACUACUUCCCCUUUCUCACUUUGUUCAAUCUGUUUCACACAGCAUUGAGACCCCCCCAUGGGAUAGCAUUCGGAUGAGUGUGUCUUUUCCCAAAAUGUACAUUAUAACAGUCCACCUGUGGCACCACACUGUAGCCCUAACAUUAGACAUCACAGCUCUGCCCUGUGACUCACAGGGCUUUUGACUCAAACACAUUAAAGUGAAUACCCUAUUACUCAGCGCUGUGAUUCUGAAUCCCCCCUCGACUUCAAAAGAUCACUUUUCUCAUGUUCUAAAUGUAGAGAUGAACACCAUGGGCGCUGUGGUAAUCUCUGCAGGAAACUUGUUAAACAGGACAUUUUCUUGCCAUGUCAAUGAGAUGAUCUGAUGCUCUCAGUUCAUUCAUCCCUUUGUUCACUCACUCAUCCAUUUUUGCAAUAAAAGGAUAUUAAUUUCCACUCAAUUGCUGAACACGA